UUCUCACAAUACUCUAAACAUCUUCAGUCUCAAAUCAAAGUACAAUCUUAAAAUUUGUCUUAACUAAUUAACGUCCAAAAAAUGGCAAUUAAGCUAAUUGCACUAGUAAUCACAUUAUGUGUAGCAUCAUGGGAUGCUACAGAAGGAAGAGCUUUAAGAUUUUCUACGACACCUCUAAAUCGUUAUAGCUUUCCUCCUCAUUUCAAUUUUGGAGUUGCUUCUUCUGCUUAUCAGUAUGAAGGUGCAGUAGAAGAAGGAGGGAGGAGUCCAAGCAUAUGGGACAAUUUCACACAUGCAUUUCCAGAAAGGACAAGCAUGGACAAUGGAGAUGUUGCUGUAGACUUUUAUCACCGUUAUAAGGAUGACAUCAAACUAAUAAAGGAAAUGAAUAUGGAUAGUUUCAGAUUUUCCCUGUCAUGGUCAAGAAUACUACCAAGUGGAAAACUAAGUGAUGGGGUCAAUAAAGAAGGUGUUCAAUUCUACAAGAAUCUUAUUGAUGAACUUAUCGAGAACGGUAUAAAACCUUUUGUAACAAUUUAUCAUUGGGAUAUCCCUCAAGCUCUUGAUGAUGAGUAUGGUAGCUUUUUAAGCCCUCGAAUCAUAGAUGAUUUUCAAAACUACGCCAGAUUUUGUUUCCAAGAGUUUGGAGACAAGGUCAGUAUGUGGACAACGUUCAACGAGCCAUAUGUUUAUAGUGUUUCGGGUUAUGACGCGGGCAAUAAAGCAAUUGGUCGAUGUUCAAAAUGGGUAAACAGUUUGUGUAUAGCUGGUGAUUCGGGCACGGAGCCUUAUUUAGUCUCUCACCACCUUCUUCUUGCUCACGCUGCUGCCGUUGAAGAGUUCAGGAAAUGUGACAAGAUCUCACAAGAUGCUAAGAUAGGCAUAGUGUUGUCGCCUUAUUGGUUUGAGCCUUAUGACAUUGAUUCUGAAUCUGAUAAAGAAGCAGUUGAACGAGCUCUUGUUUUCAAUAUUGGUUGGCAUCUCAGCCCUUUAGUCUUUGGAGACUACCCUGAGACGAUUAAGACAAUAGCUGGAAAUAGAUUGCCUUCUUUCACUAAAGAUCAAUCUAUGAUGGUAAAAAAUUCAUUUGAUUUUAUCGGAAUAAAUUACUACACGGCACGGUUUGUCGCUCACGAUCUUCACGUCGAUCUUUCCCGGCCUCGCUUCACAACCGACCAACAUCUUCAAUACAGAUGUUUCGACGACUACGAAGAUGGAACAGUGACACGUGAAGAGAUAAUAGAAGACACGAAGAGAAUAGAGUACCACCAAAAACAUCUUCAACAACUCCAGAAAGCGAUCAUUGAGGAUGGGUGUGACGUGAAAGGCUACUUCACAUGGUCAUUGUUAGAUAAUUUUGAAUGGGAACAUGGAUAUGCAGUGAGAUUUGGUCUAUACUACGUUGACUAUUCAGAUGGUCUAAAACGGCAUGCUAAAAACUCAGCCAAGUGGUUCAAACAUUUUCUUGAGAGAUCCGGAAAACCAAUGCCGAUGGAUCUGUUGAAAAGUGUCAAGAAUUGGUGGUCUGCAUUACAAAUGAUUUAAGCUCAUUUGGUGGAGAAAUUAAAUUCAAUUAUGAGAA